CGCGGAGGCGAACAGCAGGCAGGCAUUUGAGAUCCAAUGUAGCGAGAGAGUAUAAUGUUGCCAACGAUCCUCGAGGUGCAGUUAUGAUUUUGUGGAAUUGACAACGAAUAACAGUGGAUUGGAGAAGGAUUGAGAUAUCAGGUAAAUGUGUUAUUUACAGAUGUGGUUAAAUGUAUUUUGGCAAAAUAACUGCUAUUGAUGUUGACAGUUUAUUUGUUUUGGUGUGCGUUUAUUUUGAAACUGACAUAUAGUUCGGUUCAAUGCGAUUUUUUAAAUAUGCAAAUUGGUAGCUACAAAUAUACAUGUAUUUCUAUAUUUCAUUGCACACUAAAUUAUGUUGCGCAUUAUAUGCAGGAAGUCGCUUGAUUGUCAAAUAUGCUUUAGUUUUUCCCUCAUUUGAACGAACUGGUCUUUUACGCCGUUUGGUUCUAGAAUUAUGCAUUGCAUAAUGGUGUAUCGUUUACUGAAUUGUAGACGCUGUCAAUAGUGUAUACGCAUAUUCGAUGUAUUGCCAGGUAUUGCGUUAUGCACUGGCAAGUGGCAAUAGAAGAGUUGCGACUGCAGCCUGUGCAUGGUCACAAUAACAAUGGUCACGUGCCACGGUGGACUAUUCCAGAGACCACUACUUGAGCAUGAAUCUCUGCACAUUGGCAAGUUUAUGUAACCAGUCUCGCGCAGGAAACAUGCUCAUACUGCAUUAUCCAACUUCAGUACUGUCAACUUAAACGAACCAUAGCAUAGCCUAUAUCGUUUGGUCUCCCGACGUUUGACAUGUAUUGUUACCUUCUCCCUUGUAGGACAUAGCUACUACCUCUACCAAGAGGUCGGGUCCUUUAUGGCAUAGGAGAUCCUCUUGAAACUGUAGGGCAGAUCCUUUGUAUCAAACCCUGCUCUGGCUUCUAAUGCAUGAUUGUUACAUAAUAUAGCCUAGUCAGCCUAGAAGGGAAAAUAGUUGAAGGAAGCCUUUUGGAAUGAUAAUAUUCUCAUACAAACUACCCUAAGAAUGCAUGAAGCCCAUUUACCCAGUUGUUCUCCUCCUUGUGUAUUCUGUUUCUGUAUUCUUUAGGAGCAUGUCGAUUCUAUUGCAUCAAAGAUUAUACCAAUAUCUUGGCGCAUGUCGAUUCUAUUGCAUCAAAGGUUCGACCAAUAUCUUGGCGCAUGUCGAUUCUAUUGCAUCAAAGAUUCGACCUAUAUCUUGGCGCAUGUCGAUUCUAUUGCAUCAAAGAUUCAACCUAUAUCUUGGCGCAUGUCGAUUCUAUUGCAUCAAAGGUUCGACCAAUAUCUUGGCGCAUGUCGAUUCUAUUGCAUCAAAGAUUCAACCAAUAUCUUGGCGCAUGUCGAUUCUAUUGCAUCAAAGGUUCGACCAAUAUCUUGGCGCAUGUCGAUUCUAUUGCAUCAAAGAUUCUACCAAUAUCUUGGCGCAUGUCGAUUCUAUUGCAUCAAAGAUUCUACCAAUAUCUUGGCGCAUGUCGAUUCUAUUGCAUCAAAGAUUAUACCAAUAUCUUGGCGCAUGUCGAUUCUAUUGCAUCAAAGAUUCUACCUAUAUCUUGGCGCAUGUCGAUUCUAUUGCAUCAAAGAUUCGACCUAUAUCUUGGCGCAUGUCGAUUCUAUUGCAUCAAAGAUUCGACCUAUAUCUUGGCGCAUGUCGAUUCUAUUGCAUCAAAGAUUCGACCUAUAUCUUGGCGCAUGUCGAUUCUAUUGCAUCAAAGAUUCUACCAAUAUCUUGGCGCAUGUCGAUUCUAUUGCAUCAAAGAUUAUACCAAUAUCUUGGCGCAUGUCGAUUCUAUUGCAUCAAAGAUUCUACCAAUAUCUUGGCGCAUGUCGAUUCUAUUGCAUCAAAGAUUAUACCAAUAUCUUGGCGCAUGUCGAUUCUAUUGCAUCAAAGAUUCUACCUAUAUCUUGGCGCAUGUCGAUUCUAUUGCAUCAAAGAUUCGACCUAUAUCUUGGCGCAUGUCGAUUCUAUUGCAUCAAAGAUUCAACCAAUAUCUUGGCGCAUGUCGAUUCUAUUGCAUCAAAGAUUCAACCUAUAUCUUGGCGCAUGUCGAUUCUAUUGCAUCAAAGAUUAUACCAAUAUCUUGGCGCAUGUCGAUUCUAUUGCAUCAAAGAUUCAACCAAUAUCUUGUAACAUCAUGAUGACAUGGUACUGUGGCUGAUGAUAUGGUCAUGUAUGUUGAUGGAAAUGACAGAUGCUUGGCAGGCAACACUACAUGUGUUGGGCCUAAAUGCAGUAUCUAGUGUUUCACAGUCAGAGAGGAUUUGCCAAUCAGUCUUUGCUUGUCUCCAACUCAAGCAGUAUAUAAGUAAAGCAGUACUGUAAUUCAAACGUAGACCUAAUUGAAAACGUAGGUCAGAUUUUACAAAUAAAUGGCCCAGUAUUUUGUUCACAGCACUUCUGCUUUACGUGUGCGUUAGCCUUGUUUAUCCCCAUAUGUUGUAUUAGGUACGCAUGAGGAGCGAAUGCAGUCAUUCACUGACUUUGCCCCAGAUUUCUCUCUUGGCUCAUGUUGCAGUGCACUCUGGUCCGAGAGUCACUGGAUCCUGUCAUAAACAAUUACCCUCACAGGGUAAAUUAGUAUAUUUUGUUGUUCAGUUAGUUCAUAUUCAGGACAGGGUGGUUAUGAAAGGUUAUGUUUUUGGAGAAAUAAAACCACAUUGUGAAAGUGCGUUGUCUGCAUGGUCAGUGAAAAAGCCAAAGGGGUUCUCUGAUUGGGAGCCAUAUUUAAACUGUCUGUUUUUCACUUUGUGUUUGUGGGUUUUUGUUCCGUGUUGGUCAUUGUUACCAAGGACGUUACGAGUCGUUUGUUGUUUUGUUUCGUGCUUUAUUAAAUAAAGUAACAUGUUCGUUCAUCACGCUGCGCAUUGGUCUACUUCUCUCCCUGACGAUCGUGACAAAUCCGACCAAGUAAGCAUGCUCUCUCUUAUCUUUCACCCCUAUCCAACAUGAAAAAACUCCCCACUCUUUUCCCCACAAAAAUUUAAAAAAGGUCAAAGAAAUUCAGCUCUUGUAGUCCUCUCAAAUCAUUCAGGUAAUUGUUGGUGUCAAUGAUGAUGAAUAAUUAGAGGACACUGUCUGUAUCUAAUCAGCCCGCUGCAUUUUGAAAUGUUUUUAAACGUUUAUUUUUUAUUUUUAUGUUAAACUUUGCCUCUCCCAGCCGAGUGAUAUCAAUGGAAAAUGUGGUUACGGUUUCCACAAUUGACUGGUGUGAUCUAGUAAUCUAGCUACUUUUGACCAGAGCCCAUGUAGUGUACUACAUAGGGAAUAGGGUACCAUUUGAGCCACAGCCCAGGCCUCUCUCCAUGUGAGAGGGGACAGACAGGACCACUGCUGCUCUCAUUGGGAUCAUUCAUCCAUCGGGGUUGCAUAAGGAUCCUCUCUUUCAUUACUCUGCCUUGUAUCUUUAUAUGGCUUAUUGUUAUGACCACAAUAAGGACUGAGCAGAGAUAGCGUAACAUAUUGUUUCUGAAGCACAAUACAUUCGUGCCUGACACCGGAGAGGGGAUGGAGGGAGGGAGGGAUGGUGGGAGGGAGGGAGGGUGGGAAGGAGAGGAAGGCUAACAUACAGUACACACUCCAGCCCAGAGAGAGAGAGAGAGAGAGAGAGAGAGAGAGAGAGAGAGAGAGAGGAGAGAGAGAGAGAGAGAGAGAGAGAGAGAGGAAAAACUCUAGUAAUGGGGGAAGAAAUCGAUACAGUUACAUUUCGUAAUAUUAUUUUUAGACAAUAUUAUAUUGAUAUUUGACUCCAAGUAUCUAUUUGUAAAAAAUAUAUACUUUUUUUUGCUACUGUAGGUAGCAUUAGCUAGCGCUAGUUGGCUGUACCUGCACCAAAACUCCAGUAUUUUUCCUUCAUAGCUUGUUGUCCAUCUUCUUCUUAAAUAGUGAGCCAACAUGUUUUCAUCACUUUUAUUUCCAUGACUGAUCAAAACUCAUUUUCUCAUGGCUCUCUCUUGUCUCUCUGCAGCAGACAUAUGGUGAGAAAUAUGUUUGGAACAUCAAAUCGCAGUAUAGAAUCCCGAUACGUAUGUAAUCAUGAAAACGCAAUACAAAUCGUAUCAGCACCUAAGUAUGGUGAUAAUAUCGUAUUGUGAGGUCCCUGGCAAUUCCCAGGCCUAACAAACUGCAGCAAGAGACACAGACAGACAACGGUGAGUGACUUCAGACCCAUGGGGCAGUAGGGUGAUGAUGUAAUGCACUCUGGGAUAGAUGGAUGGAUGGAGGGGAGGGGGGGUUACUGUGGACUCUGAGAGCUGCCUGCAACAGGGCUCUAUAGUGCCGCCAUUUUACUCGCAUAUGCAGCUAAAUAUUUUGCUGUGCGACCUGGAAUUUUAACUUAGGAGCACCAUUGCGCCUAGAAAAAUGAAGGAUUCUAGCUUUAUUACCUCAAAUAUUUUUCAUUGUGCUCCUAAAUGUCUUUGUGUGCGCAUACAUUUUUCAACUUAAGAGCACACAUGCUCAACGUAGAGCCCUGUGCAAGACUGGGUAACUAAGAGGGACACCAUGGCAGACUGACUACCUGGACGUGGUAGAGAGGUUUACACAGGGAAGAGUUGUUGUCUGAUUGGUGGACUCAGGUCAGUGGUUAGUGGUACAAUGGUGGUUAAAUGGCGGACUGGGACUCUGGGUGUUGGUGCUCUAGUGAAGACUGACAGACUCAGGAUAGUGUCUUUUAGCCUUCUGUCAAUGUAGCCUGGGCCCAGAUAUAUGUUGCUUUAUGUAUGGGUUUGGCCAUGCUAGUUAGAGCUGGGACCAGAAUACUACAUUAUGAUCUGGGAUCUGGCUACCACAUAAUGAUCUGGGACCAGGCUACCACAUUAUGAUCUGGGACCAGGCUACCACAUUAUGAUCUGGGAACAGGCUACCACAUUAUGAUCUGGGACCAGGCUACCACAUAAUGAUCUGGGAGCAGGCUACCACAUAAUGAUCCGGGACCAGGCUACCACAUUAUGAUCUGGGACCAGGCUACCACAUUAUGAUGUGGGAUCAGGCUACCACAUUAUGAUCUGGGACCAGGCUACCACAUUAUGAUCUGGGACCAGGCUACCACAUUAUGAUCUGGGACCAGGCUACCACAUUAUGAUCUGGGACCAGGCUACCACAUUAUGAUCUGGGACCAGGCUACCACAUUAUGACUAGGGGUGAUGGUGGUAUAGUGACAGAGUAGGUGUAGAACUGGGUAGACUAGGGGUCAUGGGGGCAUUCUAGCACACACUCUGUUCUGAUUGGCUGACAAGGCUGGCUGGGACUGAUCUAGAUGGAGAGCAGAUUGGUUCACCACGGCAUGCCCAGUCAGGGAGUGACACACAAACAGAAACAUGCGCGCAGGCACUCAUACGCAUGCUUGAAUGAACGAACACACGGGUUCGCGCUCACACACAAGCAUGUACUCACGUUGCACAGCUCACACACACUCACUCACGCUCUCACACACACACCUCAAGUUGUUAAGUGUGUGGUAUUCUCAUAAUGUUUACGAUUGGCUGUGUCUGCUUAUUGUCCUCUGCUGACACUUCCCCCCCUCUUAUGAACAGAUAGAAUGUUCUUACCAUGGCGUGUUGUGUUGCUAUUAAUAACAGAGUUCAAAAUGGGCCAAUUUAUAUGGUAAAGCACACAUCUGUAAGCAGCAACGCAUGACCAGAAGGCGAGUAUAUGUAAGCAUGCGGUCAUCCAGUCACAGAUUUGUCUCUUGAGAUCUGGACUCAACCAAAUGGCUUUUUUCCUUUGUAGUUGUCUACAAAUAUGGGACAGCAAACGAUACUACAGACUAUCUGGCCAAUGUGUCAGUAUGGACUAUACUCCAUACUGUUGGGGGUUGUUAUGCCUAGUGUCUGGUUAAUGCCACGGUAAUUAACCUUUCAUAUGCUGUAAAUUAAAUCCUCUAUUAGAUCCAAGCCACAUUUCAUUUCUGACAGUUCUAAUGUAUGUAAUAUAUUCUUCACUGUAAUCCAAUCAUCAAUAAUAUGAUCAUCCGAUCAUAACAUGUUUACUAAAAUGUAAGGUAAAAUACUAAUAUCUUGAAUAAUAUAUUCUGUAUUCACAGCCAUGGACUAAAUGAGACUUAAAGCUGCAAUAUGUAACUUUUUGGGUGAGCCGACCAAAUUCACGUAGAAAUGUGUGUUAUAGAUAUGUCGUGCGCAUUGAAAGCAAGUCUAAGGAGCUGUAGAUUUGUUCUAUGUGAGCUAUUUCUUUGCUUCCCAUUCUUAACUUUCAUUUUUGCGUCUUUUACUUUCGGUUUUGUACACCAGCUUCAAACAACUGAAAAUACAAUAUUUUUGGUCAUUGAGAAGAUAUUUCACAGCGGUUUAGAUGGUACAAUGAUUCCCUACACUGUACAUUGCUUGUUUUGAAAUGAGGUGAGCUAUUAGAAUUUUAGCAACCAGGAAAUGGCGGAGUGAUUUCUGCAUAUUGCACCUUAAAAAUAGACACAAUGCAGGGAAAAAUGACCCACGUAAAAGUACCAAAAUACUUUCUCUGCUUAUAUUUUACACACCAUCCAGUCUUAAUUGUUAACAUGAGGGUUUUGUAGACUAAAUUAACUCUUUGGGUGUUUCCCAAAUGAAACCGUAGUCCCUAUAAAGUGCACUACUUUAGACCAGAGCCGUAUAAGUAGUGCACUAUAUAGGGAAUAGAGUGUCAAUUAGGAUGCAACCCCUCUCACUAGCCUCUCUAUUAGCCUUAGUCUUGAACGUGAUGGGUUUUUUAGGAGACUGUGGCUGUAUAGGAGACUGUGGCUGUAUAGGAGACUGUGGCCGUAUAGGAGACUGUUGCCGUAUAGGAGACUGUGGCCGUAUAGGAGACUGUGGCUGUAUAGGAGACUGUGGCUGUAUAGGAGACUGUGGCUGUAUAGGAGACUGUGGCUGUAUAGGAGACUGUGGCUGUAUAGGAGACUGUGGCUGUAUAGGAGACUGUGGCUGUAUAGGAGACUGUGGCCGUAUAGGAGACUGUGGCCGUAUAGGAGACUGUGGCCGUAUAGGAGACUGUGGCCGUAUAGGAGACUGUGGCUGUAUAGGAGACUGGCUGUAUAGGAGACUGUGGAUGUAUAGGAGACUGUGGCUGUAUAGGAGACUGUGGCUGUAUAGGAGACUGUGGCUGUAUAGGAGACUGUGGCUGUAUAGGAGACCGUGGCUGUAUAGGAGACCGUGGCCGUAUAGGAGACUGUGGAUGUAUAGGAGACUGUGGCUGUAUAGGAGACUGUGGCUGUAUAGGAGACUGUGGCUGUAUAGGAGACUGUGGCUGUAUAGGAGACUGUGGCUGUAUAGGAGACUGUGGCUGUAUAGGAGACUGUGGCUGUAUAGGAGACUGUGGCUGUAUAGGAGACUGUGGCACUUGAACACUUGAGACUUCACUGACUAUAAAACAAGAGAGUGAAAAGAGUCCUUUGUUCUAGAUCGAUUUUACUCGUCAGGGCACAAAGAGCGCCACAGAGCACUCUAUCGUAGGGACGAGGGUGUCACAGUAAAUAAACAGCCUUCCCCAAACACAACUAUGUACACAGAGGGAAGCCAAGUCUGUCUGUACAUGUAGAUGGUUCGAGAGGAAGUGGAGUGAAUUUGCUGGGAAAGUCUUGUGUGGCAGGAUGCAAGCUGAAACAAGAUUGUGUGAAAGUUUCACACGGAUCAUCCAAGCUCCUGUACCAAUAGCUGCUGUAAGUGUUGUGACAUUGAUCAUAUCACUGUUUUUAUUCAUUUGUGGAAGAGGGAAGCUGUUAAACUAUUUAUGUGUACUCUAUAAUACAGUUCUUUGUUUAUUCCUGAAGUUGGGAGUUCAGUAGUUGAAUGGUCGGCCAAGGGGUAACUGUUUAAUGGCUUCAAGGGUAACUGUUUAAAUACUUACCAAGUUAGAGCUAUAACAGUUAACUAAACAACCCUGCAUGCGUCCCAAAUGGCACCCUAUUCCCUAUGUAGUACACUACUUUUGACCAGAGCCCUAUGGACCCUGGUCAAAACAAAGUAAUGCACCAUAUAGGGAAUAGGGUGACAUUUGGGACAUAGCCUAUGUUUGUUUUGGCCAGAGUCCUGGAUGACCCAUACCACCGCCCCAACCCCCGUAACACCAAUGGUAGCACUCAGCGACGUCAUCCACCAUGUGUGGAUGUGUGAAGAGACGGCCAUGGGACUCAGAGCCAGACAGAGCUGUCACAGUGCUGUCACAAUGGCUACCCAGUGUCCCCCGUUCUCAAUGACAUUAUUGAUAGACAUUAAUAAUUGCUUGUUUUCCCUGUAAGAAUGGACCCUGCAAAACAUAAUGCCCUUACACAGGGUCCAUCUAGGGUUUUUCAGUAUUUAGAGUUAAUUUAUGUGGUUGAUUGUAGCUGUCUUGUAAACAAAACCCCUUCUUUGCCACCCAUGGUGCCGUGUCACCCGUGUAGUACUGAAGGGGGCUGGGGGUGCAUUGAAUGACAGCAACUAUCCACUCUUCACGCUCUAUAUUUGAGUGACAGUUGAAAUCAGUUGGAGAAGAAAUUUAACAUUUAAAUGUUAUGAAAUAUAAAAGUUCUCUGUCUGUAUUCCGGACCUCUAGAUACUGCUCUCUGGGAGCAGUCAGAACUGACAAGCUGCGUGUGUGGGGGGGGGGGACUUUGUUGGGGUGUACUUUGCCAUGGCAAAAUGGGUCCUGCGAGGCUGCUGAGUGGUUACUGUAGUUCACCAUGGGAACGACUUGGUGAGCACAGUUCUUAUUUACUUCAGUGGUACAACAUUAUCAGGAAGUCAUCAGUAUCUUCCAAUAACACGGCUUUGUUGAAAAUCUGAUAUCUGUCAUUGGUUACUCUUUCAAAUCUACCUUAGGUAUUUCAAUGAGACUUGUAACAUGGAAUCGUUUUAGUAAAAUACCUGUGUGUGUCUUAGUCAAUUUAUUAAUGCAGAUGUGAUCCAGGAAUCAAAGGAAAUGUCUUUGUGACGUGGUUAGCUAAAUGCCGCUUGUCUUGCUGUGAUGAUGCCAAUGAUGUGUUUAAAGAGGAAUCCUGCUCCUCAGACUGACUGAAAGCAUCUGGAGAGAGAGUCUGUGUCCCAAAUGGUCCCAAAUGGCACCCUGUUCUAUAUAGAGCAUUACUUUAGACCAGAGCCCUGGUCAAAAGUAGUACACUAAUUAGGGAAUAGGGUGUCAUUUGGGACACAAGCAGAGAAUGAUUGUUGUAAAACAAGCCCUUAACAGGAGAGGGGCUCGGCUACAGCCAGACUUUAAAAAGGAAGGCAGUCAGGUUUUAUCAGUUGGAUUGAAGAAAUGAGAAACGUGAGGUAAGAGCUGUGGCAGGACAUAAGGUUGUUAUCUAUUAGGGUCUUAACUAGAACAUAUGAUGUUGUCUCUGAACAAUACAGUAUGUAUUUGUUUUAAAUCUAAACUAUAAGUAUUUAGGUUAAACUAUAAGGUGUUAUUCGUAUUGCCAUGCUAUUACUAGUUUAGUGCUUUGGAUUUGGUGCCAAGUACAUAAUGAAACAUGUUGACUUACGUUCCAAAUGGCACCCUAUUCCCUAUGUAGUGCACUACUUUUGACCAGAGCCCUAUGGGUAAGUAGUGUCAUAUAUAGCGAAUAGGGUGCCAUUUGGGAUGCAAUUGUUAUCACUGGAUGAGUCAUAAAUAUCUUGACAGUAGAAGGAGGGUGAUUUAAUAAGCCUGAAGGCCUCACACGGUGAAAGUGGGAGCACCCAUAGUUCCGCACUUUGCACUUUGCUUUCAGACUUUGAAGAACAAUGGGCUGUCACUUUUUCCACUUUCAUUCUUGUCCACACACACACAUACAUACACACACACACAUACACACACACACACACACACACACACACACACACACACACACACACACACACACACACACACACACACACAGAGAAAUAGAAAGAGUGAAACUGAACAUCACAGUCACAAUGUUCAUUGAAUCUUUUCCACAGCACAAAGAAACUAAGAGAAUCACCUACUCCAAGCAGUGUAGAGGGGGAAACCAACUACAGCAGCGCCAUGGCUGACCCAAUCAAGCUGGCUGACCCAAAGCUGGCUGAACUAAGGUAAGUAGUCACGGAUGUCUCUGAAUAUGCUGUUGUAUCAACAUAAAUUCUCAACAUUUCUUAAAUCAGUCUGCCUCUCUCUAAACUGUUCUAUGACCUCACGCGCAAAGUAAAACACAGCGGUUUGAAACAGUAGAAAUACUGCCAGUGUGUGUGCACGUGAAAGCGCGUGUGUGUGUGUGUGCGUGCGUGUGUGUGUCUGCCGGCCUGCCUGACUGUGCGUCUGCUCUCCUGGCACUACCAUGGCUCUGCUCUUGAAUUCCAGAGAUAAUAACGUCACCUCUGUGCCAGAACACUUACGACAUCUGCCCAUUCACAGUCAUCCUGGGCCAGGCAACACACCACUGACAACUAGCUAAGCUAAAGAUCUGGCUCCAGCCUCCAACUAGCACACUAAGCUAACUUGCGGUGAGAGAGAGAACCAGAUCCAAAGCAACAAGCUGAUCCUUGGGUUAGAGACAGUGCUUUUUCACAGGGGAACAAGAGGACCCAAGUCAUCCACUACAGCUGUCUAUACAGCUGCCCUAACAUCAUCCCCAGGCUAAGCCUGUGUCCAAAAUGGGACCCUGUUCCCUACAUAGUGCAUUUACCAGGGUCUGAUGAACAAGAUUACAGCUGCUCCUACAGUCAUCUCCUAAACCUACAGUCAUCUCCUAAACCUACAGUCAUCUCCUUAACCUACAGUCAUCUCCUUAACCUACAGUCAGGAUCACAACAUGAUGCAGCAGAGAUGAGAAUUCCCCUUUUCUGCCCCAGAGCUGUUAUUAUGUCCCACUCCACCUGUACUAACACAGUGGUUUAAAACAGCAGACACAGAGCUGUUAUUAUGUCCCACUCCACCUGUACUAACACAGUGGUUUAAAACAGGAGACACAGAGCUGUUAUUAUGUCCCACUCCACCUGUCCUAACACAGUGGUUUAAAACAGGAGACACAGAGCUGUUAUUAUGUCCCACUCCACCUGUACUAACACAGUGGUUUAAAACAGGAGACACAGAGCUGUUAUUAUGUCCCACUCCACCUGUACUAACACAGUGGUUUAAAACAGCAGACACAGAGCUGUUAUUAUGUCCCACUCCACCUGUACUAACACAGUGGUUUAAAACAGGAGACACAGAGCUGUUAUUAUGUCCCACUCCACCUGUACUAACACAGUGGUUUAAAACAGCAGACACAGAGCUGUUAUUAUGUCCCACUCCACCUGUACUAACACAGUGGUUUAAAACAGGAGACACAGAGCUGUUAUUAGGUCCCACUCCACAUGUACUAACACAGUGGUUUAAAACAGGAGACACAGAGCUGUUAUUAGGUCCCACUCCACCUGUACUAACACAGUGGUUUAAAACAGGAGACACAGAGCUGUUAUUAGGUCCCACUCCACCUGUACUAACACAGUGGUUUAAAACAGGAGACACAGAGCUGUUAUUAGGUCCCACUCCACCUGUACUAACACUGUGGUUUAAAACAGGAGACACAGAGCUGUUAUUAUGUCCCACUCCACCUGUCCUAACACAGUGGUUUAAAACAGGAGACACAGAGCUGUUAUUAGGUCCCACUCCACCUGUACUAACACAGUGGUUUAAAACAGGAGACACAGAGCUGUUAUUAGGUCCCACUCCACCUGUACUAACACAGUGGUUUAAAACAGGAGACACAGAGCUGUUAUUAGGUCCCACUCCACCUGUACUAACACAGUGGUUUAAAACAGGAGACACAGAGCUGUUAUUAGGUACCACUCCACCUGUACUAACACAGUGGUUUAAAACAGGAGACACAGAGCUAAUAUUAUGUCCCACAUACUUAACUCAUGUACAGUAUGUCAAUCUGUUUGACAUAGACAGGAAGACCAACCUUCUUGUCUCUUCAGCUAAUAAUGUCUUUCUCUUUCCUCCUCCUCAGAGACAGUAUGGCAGAUUUUAAAGUGCAGACGGCCAAGCACCCCAACCCUCCAAUCUCCUCCACUCCCCUGCGGCCGCCCAGCGAACAGCAGUCCAAGGACCGGGCCUCCAAGAGGCUUUCCUCCGAGUCCAACGGCACCAGCGAGGGUGGGGCAGGGUCGCGGACGCCCGUGGAGAUAACCGCACUGGAGGAGUCGUUCCGGCGGUUCGCCAUCCACGGCGACACACGCGCAACAGGAAAGGACAUGCAUGGCAAGAACUGGUCCAAGCUGUGCAAGGACUGCGGUGUCAUCGACGGAAAAACUGUCACUCUCACGGACGUGGAUAUCGUCUUCACUAAAGUC